UCAAACUCAACCUAUGGGAAAAGCUCAUCCAAAUUCAGAGUGAAACAAUGAUAUUUGGGUCAUUGAAAUUGCUUUCCGUUUUCCAAACAGGUCAAAUGGGUUUAUUGUUGUUGCGACUUUCCAAAGGGUUAAAAAUUGGAACGUGGGUUUUGUUCGGUGGCCGGCUGGGGCGUGUGUUAUGUUUUGUUUGGUUUGGGGGAAAAGAAUAGGAGGGCGAUAUUGCCGACUCCCAGCACAAGCGGGCAUGACAAGAAGCCGGUCAGUCAUGGAGCCGAGGAUCCGCGCCCUUGAGCUGCUCGGGGUGGCGAUCUCUGCGUGCGCGUGGAUAUUCACGCUGGCGGCCACGCUCAGGUCGGCCUGGCUCACGCUGUCCACGGAGCUGCUACCCACGGAGAGCUACGAGCUGGGCCUGUGGGAGACGUGCGUGGUGCAAGACGUGCAAGGCGCCCUCUUGUGCCAACGCCACGACAGCCUGCUGGCCCUGCCGCGUGACAUCAAGCUGGCGCGCGUGCUCGUGUGCGCUGCGCUGUGCGCGGGACUGCUGGUGCUCGCGCUCGCCAUCCCGGGCUCCCACGCGGUCAACGUGCGCGUAGAAAGCCGAGUCAAAAAAGUGAUGAAAAUGUGCAGCGGGGCGCUGAGCGUCAUCUGCGGGCUUUUAGUGCUCGUCCCCGUGUCGUACGUGGCCCACGCCGCGGCGUUGCGCUUCUUCGACGAGUCGGUGCCGGACGUGGCACCGCGCUGGGAGUUCGGGGACGCGCUCUACUGCGGGUGGACAGCAGGCGUGCUGCACCUGAUGGCCGGAACCGUGCUGCUGGCAUCCUGUGCGCCUCUGGGACACCUGCGCUCCCGCGGAGCGCUGGAUCGGCUGCAGGCGGGACCGAGAACGGAGUACGUGUAAAUGUAGAGACUAUAUUUCGCAAGCCGGGGAACGAACUUGACAUUGAAAUAAUAUCUUCACUAGUACACCCACACAAUAUUAUAAAUAAAUAAACAAACAAGCCUAGUUUUCCCCAGUAAAACACAAAUGUUUGUUCUUUUCAGAAAAUGGGGACUGUAUUGUGAAAUAUAAAACGUUUAAGACACAUUAAAAGAUAUAUGUAAACCGGUUUAAAAAGUGUAAUCAAGUCAAGAUGAAGUUGUAGUACAAACAAGAUUUUUUUUGCGCAAAAGAAAUUUACAAUGUGGAAUCAUAUAUGAACUAAUUCCAGGUCGCUUUUAUGUAUGUGUGCCCCCAAAACCUGCUACUUACUAACUUUUACUUCUUUUAGUCACCUUUCCCCCCCUACUGCUUAAUGCAUUUUUAAAAUGCAUACAGUACAUCAACAUUGUUCUGUGAGACCGACUAUAUAAAUACAGUAACAAAUUUGGAUGUAUUUCGACUGAAAUGACCAUGUGAAACUAAAGCAUAUUUAAAACAGGUUGUGUGAGCAUUGAAAUUAAUUCAUAAUGCUGGUAGCUGAAAAUGGAUGAAAAAUAGACAAAAGCAAAGCUGAACAGAGGAAAGCUAAUCAGAAGACAUUUUUGGCAGUGAGGUGGUGGAGGCCGCUCAUGUUAUUGACUGAGCGUCUGUGUUGUUGUUAUAUGGAGGUAAAUAUCAUACACAUAGCCUCCUCUUACAUCAAAUUUGAUAGUCAUGUCACUUGUCAUUUACUUUACUGUUGCAGAUCUGAGUGAAAAUUGAACAAAUGUAAUUUAUUUGAAAUUCCUCAGAAACAAGAAUGGAAAUACAGUGAUUGGCAUUGUCCAAAAAGUAAGUGAUACGAACCUAAAAUAUUCUGGUUAAGUGAACUGAUGUUUUUCAUAUAUCUGUUUGCAAUACUUGCUACAAAUGCUAUCCAUGUAUCUCAACAAUUAAAAAAACA